AUGAAAUUGCUGCGUGUAAAACGCGUUAUAGCCUCACGUGUUACUACACGCCAGGUAUGCUCGCGUCAAUACGUGGGAUUACCACGCACGCAAACCAGUCAAGAGCAGUUGAUACAAACAAAAUCGAAACGAAAUUUGAAAAUUGAGAUUUCUUUUUCGCGGUUCGGCCACUCUUAG